AGUAUAAAAGGGUACAUGACUAAGUUGUCCCACUGCUCUGUUUAUGAGAACCCUGCUGUGUUUGGGACACACACACACACACACACACCAGUGUACUUCCAGCUACAGGGACAAGGGACAGAGAGGGGGACAUGCCACUGGAUGUUGUCCUGAACGGCCCGGCCCCGUGGGGGUUCCGACUGACCGGGGGCAAGGACUUCAACCAGCCCCUCACCAUCUCCAAGAUCACUCCGGGCAGUAAGGCGGCGGUGGCCAACCUGUGUCCUGGUGAUGUCAUCCUGGCCAUCGAGGGCGUCCCGGCGGAGGACAUGAUGCACUGUGAGGCCCAGAACAAGAUCAAAGACGCCAUCUACCAGCUCAUCCUCACGGUCCAGAGACCAGAAACCAGGCUAUGGUCGCCUCAAGUCACGGAAGACGGGAAAGCCAACCCGUUCAAAAUCAACUUGGAGGCUGAGCAGCAGGAGUUCAAACCCAUUGGUACGGGUCACAACCGCAAGGCCCAGCCCUUUAUAGCUGCAGCUAACAUCGACGACCAUCGUCAGGUGGUGAGCACAGCCUACAACACCCCCAUAGGCCUCUACUCCUCAGGCAACAUCCAGGACGCCAUGCACGGACAGAUGAGGGGCCUGGUCCAGGACAAGCCAGAGGGUAGCAAGACGCUGAGCUCCAUCGAGGAGUCUGAUGUGUACCGCAUGCUCCUGAAAGACCAGGAGGAGCCCCAGGAGCCCCGGCAAUCCGGUUCCUUCAAGGCCCUGCAGGACUUCGUCGACAGCGACGGCACUCGCCCCAUGGUGACGAGGACAGUGAGAGCGCCCAUGACUAAGCCACCGCCGCCCACAGGAAACCUGCAGAAACUGCCCAUGUGUGACAAGUGUGGAAACGGCAUUGUGGGCACAGUGGUGAAAGCGAGGGACAAGUUCCGUCACCCUGGCUGCUUCGUGUGCACCGACUGUGACGUCAACCUUAAACAGAAGGGCUACUUCUUCGUGGAGGGCCAACUGUACUGCGAGACCCACGCUCGUGCCCGGACAAGACCCCCGGAGGGCCAUGACCUUGUCACCACUUUCCCCUCAGCAUAGGAUCCUUCUCACACAAACACACACACACACGCGCACCAGCCUAAAAACUCUGUCUGCCAGUGAGGCACCUUUGAUUGUAACUGUCUGUGUCUGUGUUCUCCUGUGUUCUCAAUUGUCUGUAUGCUCUGUUUUGCACAAAUCCUGAGAGUGCAUUUGUUUGUGAAUACACUUACAUGUAUACUACUCUCUUCCUUCAAAUAAAGGGGGGUUUUGACUCCA